UCGGAUAAAGUUGAUGUAAUUGUGGUCCGUUAUCGAAAGAAUUACCCUGAAUCGUUGAUUUUUAUGUUAUUUUUUCUUCGAUUUUGCUAUUGAUCACAGCUUUUUCCUGGUUUUUCCCAUUCAUCACAAUCUUUUUUUCUGUUCCUCGAGCUUUAUAUAGACUAGGAUAUGGGUGUGGGUGUGAGUGUGGGUAUUUCCGUCAUUCACACACACUCACACCUAACCACACCCACACCCCACCCACACCCCACCCAAACCCCACCCACACCCCACCCACACACCCACACACCCACACCCCACACCCUUCAGUUCGGUUCACAUUCGGGCUCUGAUAACUUCGUACUUGAAAUGUCGAAAAAAUUAAUUUCUUAAAUAUUAUGAUUCGUUCAAUUGUUUCGAAGAUAAAUGUUCUCAAAAUCUGGCAGCACUCAAGAGAGUAAGCGCCAUGGUAAAGAUCAACCUUCAGAAAAUUUCGAAUUGAUUCACGCUAGAAGGCGAGACACGCUGAACGAUGAAACGGAUGAAGAAGACCCAAUUUCACUUCAGGAAAACAAAGAAGAUAUAUCAUUAUUAUGGUUUGACAAAAAUUUAAAUUCAAAUAUCGAUGAUAUUCGGCUAACUAAAGAUUUGCUUCGACAAAUUAAUAAUUAUGUUUUAUUUUUUACGGAACCUGCUGAAUGUUUACAAUACAUUAAAGAUGUAAAAGAUGAAAAAAUUAUUUUGAUUAUUUCCGGAUUAUUUACAAAAGAUGACGAUUUUUUAAGACAAAUCCAUGUAUUUCGUCAAAUUGAUUCCGUGUUUAUAUUUUGCAUUGAAAAAGAAAAAUAUGAAAAUAUUUUAUGGAAUUCUAAUUAUUCCAAAAUAAUCGGUAUUUUUACUGAACAAGAAACUUUGAUGAGAAGUAUACGUCAAACAAUAAGAUUAGUUGAACAACAAUCUGCCGUCUUCAACUUAUAUAAUCAUACACAAAAAUCAAUACGCAAUUUGACGAACAAAUCAGGUUCAUUUGUAUGGCAUCAGCUAAUAAAAGAUGUUUUACAGAAAAUGCCGGCAGAUACAACAGCUGGAAAACGUGAAAUGCUUGAUAAAUGUUACACAUAUUAUCGUGGUAAUAAAAAAGAAUUGCAAAAUAUUCAAGAAUUUGAACGAACUUACACAUCUGAUGAUGCUAUUCGAUGGUAUACAAAAGAUUGCUUUAUAUACCGAUUGGUCAACAAAGCCUUAAGAACAGAAGAUAUUGAUGUCUUAUAUACAUUUCGAUAUUUUAUCAUUGGUCUUUCUGCAUGUCUUGGUAAAUAUCAUCAAUUAUGGAAACAGUGUCAAAAAAUAGAAAUAUUGAGAUUAUAUCGUGGUAUCAAGCAAACAAAUGACGAGACAAAACGCUUGAAAGAAAGCAUUGGUAGCCUAAUAUCAACAAACGGAUUUUUCUCAACAACCAAAAGUAAAUCAGUGGCUAAAAUAUAUGCUGGCAUCGGGUAUAAUGAUACUAAAUAUGAAUCGUUGCUAUUUGAGAUUGAUAUAGAUACACAAACUCAUGCAAAUUGUAUUUUUGCUGAUAUAAGUUCUUAUAGUCAUUUUGCUGACGAACAAGAAGUUCUAUUUGAUCUGGGUACUGUAUUCGAAAUUGUAUCUGUAGAUUACAAUUCGACUGAUAAAUAUUGGAUUUGUAGAAUGAUGACCACAAGUCGAGGUAUGGAAAUAGCUGAAGAAUAUUUAACAUUUCGUAAAAGUGAAAUGACAGGCACGAAUGUUGAUUUAGUCAUUUUAUUUGGACAUCUAUUGUAUGAUAUGGGAGAAUAUAACAGAUCACAAAAGUAUUUCGAAAAGUUAUUAACUGAUCGAGGCAACGAUGCAAAUGUAUACUUUGGUAUUGGUCAUGCUCAGUAUAUCAAAUUGCCAUGUCCUUAUAUCGAUUUAAUCGAUGUUCUUACCACCGCAGCUCUUACUUAUCGAGAGGUAGGCGAUUAUGAUAAAUCAUUAAGAUAUCAAACAAAAGCAUUAGAAAUAGUUAAGCAAGUUCUUCCUGAUAAACACCCAUAUCUUGGUAUAGCACUCAAUAAUAUUGGCAAAGCCUACUAUAAGAAAUGUGAUUACGAAAAAGCAAUGCAUUAUUUUGAACAAACUACGCAAGUUUUUGCCCAUGUUUGGCCGGAUUAUCAUCAACGGCGAGCCAUUCCUUUGAAUCAUCUUGGUAAAAUUUACUAUCGAAUAAAAAACUAUGAUCAAACCCUAAAUUAUUAUUCACAAGCACUGGAUAUGUUAGAGAAAACUGUGUCUAUAAAUCAUGCUGACAGUGCUUAUACACUAAAAAAUAUGGGUGAAGUUCAUUUAGAUUUAUUAGAUUUCGACAAAGCGUAUAAUUACUUUUAUCGAGCUUUGAAUAUCUACAAAGAAAAAUUUGGUAGUAAUACUGACCAGCGUGAGAUUGCUAAAUGUUACCAUUUGAUUGGUCAAGUUUAUCUGAAACAAAAUGAUUAUGAACAUGCAUUAGAAUAUUUUCAUGUAACACUGAGUAUGUGGCAAAAAACAUUGGUGGACAAUCAUCCAGAUUUGGCGUUAUGCACGAAGAAUAUUGCUCAUGCAUAUUUACUAAGAUCAGAAUAUCAAAAAGCAUUAGAAUACUUUUCCAAGACAUUGCAUAUAUAUGGAACAAAAUUACUACCUGACGACGCCAGAAUAAUAGACGUUCAAAACUUGAUCGCAACUACAGAGGAGCAAAUCAGCAAGAACAGCUAAGCCGCAUACUUCAAUUUUUGAACUAGCAACAUGAAUAAAUAAAAACUCUUAAAAUAUGCUUCGCUCUACUUUUCGAUCAAGCAUGAAUUUCGUACUUAUUUGCUAGCGGAUAACGGUUGAGUGAAUAAUGGGUGUGAGUGUGGGGGUGGGUGGAAGUGCAGUGUGCUGGGCGUGGGUACAGCUGGGUGGAAGUGAGCGUGUGUGGAUGAGUGUGGGCCUCGGCGCAAACGAUGACCACACCAACACCGCCGAAUGUACAGUGUGUUGCAUAACCUUUACGCCCCACUCUACAACUUAAACUAUAAAUGAUAUCCACAAAGUGUCUUGUACCAAAUGAAAGUGCAUCGAAAACUGGAUUUAUUGAUACUAAGUAGUGAUGGUUACGAAAACAUUUCAAUAUCGAACUUAAAACAUUUUUAGAAAUUUUCCACCUUUUUGGUGUAGAAAAAUGGAGUUCCAGUAAUUCGGAAACGGAGGUUUUCCAACAUUUUUUGAGAUAUUCCAAGUAGUUUUUUGAACUUUUUAUUUCAAAAAGACGUUUUAAAAAUUUUUAAUAUGUAUCGUUUUAUAGAGCUCGACGAGCUCUAUCGAGUCAUGUAAAAAUAUCGAAGGAAAAAGCUCCUCUAUUUCUGAAUUACUGUAACUCCAUUUUUCUACACCAAAAAGGUGGAAAAUUUCUAAAAAUGUUUUAAGUUCGAUAUUGAAAUGUUUUCGUAACCAUCACUACUUAGUAUCAAUAAAUCCAGUUUUCGAUGCACUUUCAUUUGGUUCAAGACACUUCGUGGAUAUCAUUUAUAGUUUAAGUUGUAGAGUGGGGCGUAAAGGUUAUGCAACAC